AUGAGAGGAAAUUUCGAAACAACCAAGAAACAAGAUCACGCAAGUUGGCUUCUCAUCGCAGAAAGUAUCUAUAAUGGACUGUAUGUGGAUGUCGUUCUCCCCAACUCAGCAGCAUCCAAGGCAGGCAUCAAAGAAGGCGAUGAGUUGGUUUGUGUAAAUAAUCAGGUUGUCACUAGCUGGAGUCAAGAAGCAGCCUCAAAGCUUCUCCGUGAAUUGCCAGAUGACGACUUUGUGCUCCUUCAUCUUCGAGAACUACUUCACCCACAUGCUUUCUAUGAUCCAGAGCAGCUAAAUGGACAUGUAAUUAAUUCACCUCUAAGAGAAUGUUAUUCCACGACUUGCUAUCCCACUUUGAAGUCCAAUCUAUCAACAGAUGACUUUAGAAAAUACAAAACAACAAACACUGAUCAGUCUUAUUCCCCUGUUAAAUCAUCAAACAAAGUACCAGCGAAUAAUGCAGAAAAACAAUCACUUCCACCAACUUACCAUGAGGUCGUCAACCAAACUCUUUGUUCAAAUUCCAAUUCCUAUGAUGUCAGAAGUUUCUCGGAUCGUCCUAACACAGAAUAUGGUCAAAUGUCAUUGGAGUCCUCAAAUAACGAUGAACGAUGUGAAAUACUCCCUUUUAUGUCGCAUACACGUAUUUUGAAUAGUUUUAGUGACUAUUCACUUGGCUGUUCCAAAUGUAUGAUGAAUGAUCAACAAAUUCAAUGAUAUUGUACAGUCAUUUGUAAACGAUCAC